AUGUCAGAGGCAUAUAUUAUGCAAAUGAUGAACAUGCUAAAGUCUGGGAUUAGCACUUCACAGAUAUUUAGUCUUCUAGUUAAUCAAGCAGGCGGGUAUGAAUUUGUUGUCUAUGGUCCCAGAGAUAUGGAAAAUGAGAUUGCUUGGCAAAGGUGUCAAGUUCCUGGUUUGUUACGUAACGUGUUCUGGUCUGAUGGGAUUAGCCAACUAGACUACCAACUCUUCGGGGAUGUUAUUGCUUUUGAUGCCACAUACAAGAUGAACAAGUAUAGUUGUCCAUUAGUCAUAUUCAGUGGGGUUAACCACCACAACCAAACAAUUGUUUUUGCUACUGCGUUAAUUGUGGACAAAACUACUGAUACAUAUAUUUGGCUCCUGCGUCAGCUCAUGUUUGCAAUGAAGUGUAAGACCCCAACCUCAAUAAUAAAUGAUGGGGCCAUGGCAAUUAGGAAUGCAGUAAGGGAUGUAUUUUCCGAAGUCAUACAUAGAUUAUGCGCUUGGGACCUUAUUCAAAAUGCAACUAGCAAUGUUGGAAAUCCAUCGUUUACAUCUAAAUUCAAGAAAAUCAUGUUGAGAGUCUACGAGAUUCCCGUGUUUAAGCUUGUGGCAAGGUAUGUGGGGUCACGAUAUGAUUUGACAAGUUUUGUAGAGCAUUUUCAAAGGCGUGUUGCACACUUACGCUUUAAAGAAUUUAAUGCUGAUUAUGAAUCCACGUGGGGUGCCUGUCAUGCAGACUUGUAUAGAGCUGCUAAAGAGAUUUGCUGCUGA